AAGCGGCAGUAGUUAGUAACUUAGUAUGUCACACAAGAAGCAUUGGAACACUCUUCUGUUUUAGCAUUUCACCACUUCAAAUAUACGAAUUAUAAACCUAACGCACCGGUACUAAAAACAUGGGACUCCACCCUGUCUCAGAGGCCAACGCUUCGAGCCCCUUCGGCUCUCUAACCGCCGCCGAGUUCUACUCCCGCCAUUCCGUCACCCACUCCUCCGCCUACAUCACCAAUCCAACCGGGCUCAAGCUCUUCACUCAGUGGUGGACCCCUCUCCACCGUCCACCACUAGGCCUCAUCGCCGUCGUCCACGGCUUCACCGGCGAAUCCAGCUGGUUCCUCCAACUAACCUCCGUCCUCUUCGCAAAAUCCGGAUUCCUCACUUGCGCCAUCGACCACCAAGGCCACGGCUUCUCCGACGGCUUAACCGCUCACAUCCCAAACAUCAACCUCAUCGUCGACGACUGCAUCUCCUUCUUCGACGACUUCCGUAGCCGUCACUCCUCCUCCCUACCUUCCUUCCUCUACUCCGAGUCCCUCGGCGGCGCGAUAGCUCUCUACAUCACCCUCCGCCAGAAAUCACAAUGGAACGGUCUCAUCCUCAGCGGCGCCAUGUGCUCCAUCAGCCACAAAUUCAAACCUCCGUGGCCGUUACAACACCUCUUAACCCUAGCAGCCACCCUCAUCCCCACCUGGCGCGUCGUUCCAACUCGCGGCACCAUCGCGGGCGUUUCUUUCAAGGAGCCCUGGAAACGAAAGCUGGCCUUCGCUAACCCCAACAGAACGGUCGGUAAACCACGCGCCGCCACGGCCUACGAGCUAGUACGAGUCUGCGAGGAUCUUCAAAGCAGGUUCGAAGAAGUAGAAGUUCCCUUGAUGAUAGUACACGGAGGAGACGACGUCGUCUGCGAUCCCUCCUCCGUGGAGGAGCUUUACAUGAGGUGCAAGAGCGGAGACAAGACGAUAAAGAUCUAUCCAGAGAUGUGGCAUCAGCUGAUUGGAGAGUCCGAGGAGAACGUCGACUUAGUGUUCGGAGAUGUUUUGGAAUGGAUCACGAACCGGUCUCGAAACGACGCCGUUAACGGUGGUAGCAAAGCUUAAUAAACGAUUUAGCUUAGCUUUCAUAUAUAUAAAUAAAUAAAACGCUCCGAGAUUGUUGUGUUCAA